AUGGCUGCCUUGAUAGCAACAUUGUUUCAACUUACACACCCCACCAACUCCACUCCCCUCAAUCCCUCAGAUCUUCCUACCCAGGAAUAUCUGAAUCUACCGUCUGCUUCUCGCAUUCGCACAGGUUCUCGCUUCACAGCAACCAUUCCCCUACACGACCACCAGUCGUUCGUCACGGAUACUCCACAGAAAUGGCUUUCUCAACCCCAAUCACCGCGGCUUCCCACGCCAGCAACCAAUACCAUCAGCUUCUCAAACCAGGACUCGGACUUUGUGCUCUUCCCAUCCACCCCAACCGCCCACACCCCUUCGACGACUCGCAGGAACACCGACUUCGUUCCGGCGACGCCUCGUACGGUCCCUAAUCAGCACCUUGGCCAGACCUACAACGGUCAGCAACAAUAUCAACCUCGACGUAACUCUACUCAGCAAUUUUCACCUUCUGUAUCUCCUGUUCAGAAUCUACGAGUGAGCGGCAUCAUCCAAGGCACUAGGUCUCUAUCUUCGUCUCCGUCUAUGCAGCAAUUCAAUAGUCCUACCGGUCAACAACUGCGCUUUUACGCAAACUCGGCUCCUUCUUCGACGACUGGCUUGCACCAACAGUCUCCUCGAACCCGGCCUCCAGUUCCCCUUUUCUCGAAUAGCACUGGGAAUAUUCAUCAGCAAAAUCUGUCUACUAUGGCUCUCUCCCACAACUUUGAAGACGUCCCCUCUGACAACAUGUUUGACUUCACCAACGCCGAUUUCACUGCGGCGCCGGAUUCGGACAAUAUUCUCUUCGAUGGCUCCCUAGACUUCGGGACACACUUCGAACCAAUCAACGAUCCGGCGCCGGCGCAGACGUCAAACCUACAGACCGUGUCACCCAAAGAUCUCAUGGUCGACUCUAUGUCUGCGCCUCCUUCAGGUGCUUUUACCGAUCUAACAACCCCUGGCACCUCCGCCUACGACUCUCCAUACAUGGCCAACAGCACCGAGACCUCGCCACUUUUCGCAGAGGAGUCGUUCGCUGACGACCCUGAAAAGUGGCCAUCCCUCUUCGAUCCAAUCGAAGAAGAGACAAACACCGGUCCUGUCUCUCAUUUCGCGGGUGCCAGCCCUUCACCGACCUACACCGCUCCGAAGAUGUCUCGCAACGACUCGUCACCCGGUCAGUCAUCAUCCCGAUCCUCUCAUCAAGGCCGCCACUCCUUCACCUCUGGCGUCGCUCCAAAGCGAAGGGACAAGCCCCUGCCGGCCAUCACCAUCGAGGAUCCCAAUGACACAGUGGCAAUGAAGCGAGCACGAAAUACCAUGGCGGCACGGAAGUCUCGGGAGAAGAGGGUGGAGCGGACAGAGCAAUUAGUCGGCCAGGUCACACAGUUGGAAGCAGAUGUCGACUACUGGAAGAAAAUCGCCAUUGGCAUGGGACAUGUCGAGUGA